UCUUCCUUCUUUACAACAAAUCACAAAUUUCUUUUUUCAUUGACUUCCAAUUUCCCUACCAUUUCAUUUUCCAAAAAUUGAAGAGCUCUAGAAUUUCACAGGGGAAGAGGGGUAUGUUGGUUUCUUUCCGAUUUCACAUUUGCAUCACGCUUCCCUGGCCAACCUCACAUCACGUAAGCAUCGAUGUAUUGGGUGAUUUUGUCUCACUGCCCAUCACUGGAAUUCUAGACCUCUAGUGAGGUCGACGACUUCGUGAACUCUCAAGCAAAUCAAUUUCUGAGUUUUGAGCGACUAGAAAAGAAAUUCCUCAAAUCGACUAUGAAAUCAUGUGAUUAUGAAGAAGCACAUGACUGUAAGGCUACCAAUACCCAAUCCUUGCUUUUCCGUUUCGGAUGUUGGGAGGAAUGGAUUGGGUAACUGAGUUGGAUUUCUUCCACACAACAAGACUGCCAUGAACGAUCGACCCUUACAACAAAUUGUCGUCAUAUGUGUCAUAAGCUAGAUUUCAAGAUUCCGUUGAAGCCCUCGCUGAUAAGAUUUUCCACCUUAAGGGUCGAUUCACCGAAGAUGAUGCUUUAUGAUGUUGAAGAAGAUGAACAACUUGAGAAUCAAUUUUUUUGCCCAAGAUGUUACUACAUUGUAGAAAUUGCACAGACUACUACAAAAAUCACAGUUAGUAAUGAAGAUGGUAUUAGAGAUGUUAGAAAGAAAGAUCUUUAUAGGGCUUUUACAGUCCUUAAGGAUUGCUUCAAUCAAUUUAGAAGAGUUGACAACAUGUGGAGAUCAAAUACGGCCUACAAAGACGCUGCAUCGACAUAUAUGGUGAAACUUUUAUCAGCCAAAUAUGUUCAGAAUGGUUUAUCGGUUCUGGUUUUAGUGUGCUUUGAUAUCUCUCAUCGUCUUCUUAUUUUCCUGUGGUUAUGCGGUCCUUCCACUGUUUCCGUGCAGAUAUAUUACCAAUUUAACAAGACACAGUUGGAGCGAGAUCCACAGGGGAAAAGGGCAAUUAUGUCUUUUACUGGAAUUCAACAAAAAUGUAAGGCCUUUGGGAAGCCUGUUUACCCAGUGGAGCUUUUGCCUCCUAAUAUUAUUGAUUAUCACAAAUCUUACUUCAAGUGUAGCCACUGCAAAGGUACCCUUAAGGAAAAAACAAAGAAAUAUGCUAUAAUCAUGAAAAUGGUUGUUGAAAUACAUCUAAACUUAAAUUUUGUAAUUAAAAUGAAAUAUGGUCCGGAUGACAGAAAUGAUGUUGAUGAAGGUUCCUUUACUCCUAGCAUCCAGGACCCACAUUGCACCCUCCUCCCCUCCCUUGCCUCCUGUUUAGUCGUCGGAAAAUGUGCCUCCUAUUUAGUCGCCGGAAAAUGCAACUCCACCAGAAAACGUUUCACUUCAUUGGAAAACACUAAAUUCCACCACUUUCCACCUUUACCCCAACCCAACCCACCAUUCAUGUUCCUACUAGUUCCCUUUCCAUUGUUACCAUCUCCAGCUACCAUCGUCUAA